AUGGAGUUCAAAGCAAGCCGUUGCAAGACCCUCGGCCGUAUCCUUCUCUCACCAAGCUCAUGGGUUGACACUUACUGGCCAGCAUCGCGGAAGUACUGGUUCUCUUUGCUGUUCAUCGGCGUGAUCAGCGCGAAAUCUCUCCGCAUAUACUCCCAUCUCACUUCUCUCAGUGUCGAUCGUUUCCUUCUUUGGGGCCCUACCUUUUUUAUUCAAGAUGCUGUUUGUAUACUUAUUGCUCUGGCGCUCUGCCAACAGUUCGAGCGGAGAUGGGUUCGUGCGCUGGUCGCCAUCGAGACAAUCUUGGCUAGCAUAAUCAUUUCUGGCCUCGCUGCAGCAAAUAUUUCCUUUUAUACUCAGACUGGCGCUGAGAUUCACUGGCGACAGGCCCAUUACUUCCACCGCGAUGCCGCUUCCAUCAAAACUCUACUGACCGGCCUGACCGGUGUUGUCAUUGGCGAGAUCCUCUUCGGUGCUCUCGCCUAUCUCACCACCCCAUACCUGUUCGAUUAUGUCCACCACGCAGUCUCUGCCGUUGGAAUGGCCGUCGCACCCUUGUUCAAAUGCUGGAAAUCUCGAGACCGGAAGACGAAAGAAUCGCCAUAUGAACAGGUUGCCAUCGAAGACUGGGAUGAGGAGACCAACGGGUCGCACGAAACCUUCUCCCGGAGCCGACAGCCCCCACAAACCACGUUCACGCGCCACCCAUCGAUCUUGCUGCGUGUUGUCGCCGUCUUGGUUGCCGUCUACGUCCUGAUCCUUCGUUGUAUUCGUCCGUCGGAUACUGCGUACAGCUUCCUCUCGCAGACGGUGGCCCUUUCCCCCUUUGAGAAGCCUCCAAGCCGCAGCCAGUCCUCUUCAUUCGAACUCCCUCCGAUCUCUGGUGAUUACAGCUGGCUAUACAAUCACACUGCUGUUGGCCCCACCCCUCAAUUUGAUUGGCUUCCCUUGCAUGAAUUUGCUGGAUUCCGAGACUGGUACGGCGGUGCUGAUGGUACAAGUGGACAUCAUUAUGAUCCGAAACUCGACCCGUUGCACAUCUCUAAUCUUGAGAACGACCUCAUCGAGCCUUUGCGUGAAACUCUCAAGAAGGGAGGGAUCAAGAUCAAGCACGUCUUCCUGCUCAAGCUGGAAAGUACUCGGGCGGAUGUAUUCCCUGUGAAGAAGGAAUCACACCUUGGCGAAAUCAUCACCGACUCAUACUCUGGUCACAUCCCUGAGGAUGUGGAAGAGAGACUCGCUAACUUGACUCGAAAUGCAGAAAGGUUCACCGGCGUUCAGUCUGGCUUCGGUAAGCCGGACGACCGCUUCCAGCCGCGUGGUGGCAUAUACGCAACUGACGCACAUACGGGCGGUACCUUUACGCUGAAAAGUAUAAUCGCCAGUGUGUGUGGCCUUGCGCCCUUGGUCGCUGAUUUCAACCGCGAGUACCUUCACCAUAUCUAUCAGCCCUGCAUGCCCCAGAUCCUUGGCGCCUUGAACAACGUCAUUCGCGAGCACAAUGAAGAAAGCGAGCAGAAUGAGGGGAGCAAACAGAGUGAGGGAAACCAGACCGACUACAGAUCCUGGCCCUGGUACUCGACGCUGAUGCAGAGCAUCACCGAUAACUACGACAACCAGAACCACCUCAUUCCAGCUCUGGGCUUUGGCGACAAAAUCACCGACGAGAAAAUCACCGAGGAUUGGCAGAAGAAACCCGGGCCUGCCCCCGAGCCCUACAAUUUCUGGGGAUACCCAGAGCAUUUCUUAAGAGAGUACUUUGCAGAAACCCUGGCUAGGGCGGAACAGAAGAAGGAGCGGGUCUUUAUUACACACCUUACCGGUCAGACUCAUCACCCAUGGGACAUGCCUGUCGGUGAAGAGUACGAAGAAAUGAUCUCGCCUGGCGUCUUCAAUAUGAAUCGCAAGAUCAAUCGGUAUCUCAACACGAUCGGCGUCGCCGACCGUUGGCUAGGAGAGAUUAUGGAAGUUCUUGACGAAGCCGGGGUCGCUGAUGAGACCCUGGUAGUGAUGGUUGGUGACCAUGGCCUGUCUGUCGUCGAAGAUGGCGGGGUUUCCGCGUGCGAUAACCCCCAUGUCUCAAACUUUCACGUCCCCCUCGUCUUCUCUCAUCCCAAACUACCCCAGAUCAACAUCGAUGGCCGCGUGACCUCAUUACAAAUCGUGCCCACCAUCCUCGACCUUCUGGUUGAGUCAGGCUCGCUAGACGAGGCAGGAACACGCGUCAUCAAGGACUUGCUCCCACUGUACGAAGACUGGCAAUUCACUGUCAUGAACACCGGAGCCACAUGGCUUUCUCUGCGGUCGGCACCCAAACCCUAUCGUCUCGUCAUCCCACUUGUCCCCGAUGUCGAAUGGCGUUUCUCCGAUGUUAGCAUCGAUCCAUAUGAGCUCCACAGCUUACAAUCAUUCAACAUCCUCCCUCUCUUGGAUGAGAUUGAAAAGGUACAUGGCGCUGAAGCUCUUCAAUGGACGAAAGACGCUGCCCAUAUUGCUCAGUGGUGGGUCUCGGAGAAUUGGCGACGCUACGAGUACAUCCCAGAGAACAACUGA